GCUUUCUCCGGAGCCGUCGGAGGGAGCCGGAGCGCUUCUCCUGAGUUGGUGAUUGGUCAGUGGUGGUCCAACAUGCAGAAGUGAGUGAGUGGUGAAAAGCAGCAGAGCUGAUGGGUCAUGAGGAUGUAAGUGCGUUGGAAGUCUCUCACACCCUUUACUCCAGGACAGAAUCAUGAAUAAACUGGAGGACAAGCAGGACCAGAUGAUACCAUGAAGAGAAGUUUACAGGCCCUCUAUUGCCAACUAUUAAGCUUCCUCCUGAUCUUGGCACUGACCGAAGCACUGGUAUUUGCCACCCAGGAACCAUCUCCCAGAGAAUCUCUUCAGGUCCUCCCCUCAGGCACCACCCCAGACACCAUGGUGACAGCAACCCUCAGCUCUACCAGACAUUCUUCCAUGGCAACUGCCCCCACUUCUGUGGGCUCACUGACCCCGCAUCCCAAUGGAUCCUCCUCACAGGCUGCAGCUCCCAUGGCAAUGACAACACCCCAUCCAGAUGGACGCCCUCCUACAAACACCGUCUCCACCAUCAUGAUGACAGCAACCACCCCACAUUCUGAAGGCCCCCUAACCACAGGGCCCCUUCCUGCUGCCAUGGCAACCACAUCCUCCCACUCAGAGGGCCAUCCCCAGGGGGAAGCUAUGGCCACCAUCCUGCUGACAAAGCCAACGGGAGCCACCAGCCGUCCCACCGCAGCACCUACCCGGGCUACCACGCGCAGACCUCCCAGGCCCCCAGGCUCUUCCCGAAAGGGGACCAGCAGUUCAUCACGCUCUGUCCUGCCCGCACCUAGUGGCCACCACUCUGGGAGGAAGGAAGGCCAGCGGGGACGAAAUCAGAGCUCCACACAUCUGGGGCAGAAGCGGCCCCUGGGGAAAAUCUUUCAGAUCUACAAAGGCAACUUUACAGGGUCUAUAGAACCUGACCUGUCCACCCUCACUCCCAGGAACCCACUCUGGGGUUAUUCUUCCUUGCCACAACCCCAGACAGUGGCCACAACCAUGGCGCCCAGUAGGACCUCGUGGGCACCACCCACCACCCCCCUGGUGCCUGCAGAGGACAAGCCAGGCCUUAGCAGAGCAGACCAGGGGGGUGGUUCCACCUUCACCAGCCAAGGAGGGGAGCCGGACACCACAGUAGCCUCAGGUGCCCCUGCCAGUCCACAACCUGCCCCAGUGCCUUCUCAGCGCCCCCGCGGUGACCCACAGGAUGGCCCCAGCCACAGUGACUCCUGGCUUACUGUCACCCCCAGCAUCAACAGACCUCCAUCUACCAGCUCUGGGGUCUUCACAGCCACCGCGGGGCCCACCCAGGCUGCCUUCAAUGCCAGUGUCUACGCCCCUUCCAAGGGGACCCCUCAGGGAACAUCUUCAACCUCGCAGGCCCCAGCCCACCCCACCAGGGGCUCAGAAAGCACUGUUUCCCAAGCCAAGGAGGAGGCUACAACCACCCCCACCACGACCAACAGGGUGCCCAGUCCUCUCUCCACAGUGGUGUCCACAGCCACAGGAAACUUCCUCAACCGCCUAGUCCCUGCCGGGACCUGGAAGCCUGGAACAGCAGGGAAUAUAUCCCAUGUGGCCGAAGGGGACAAACCCCAGCACAGAGCCACCAUCUGCCUGAGCAAGAUGGACAUCGCCUGGGUGAUCCUGGCCAUCAGCGUGCCCAUCUCCUCCUGCUCUGUCUUGCUGACAGUGUGCUGCCUGAGGAGGAAGAAAAAGACGGCCAAUCCAGAGAACAACCUGAGCUACUGGAACAAUGCCAUCACCAUGGACUACUUCAAUAAGCAUGCUGUGGAGUUACCAAGGGAGAUCCAGUCCCUUGAAACCUCUGAGGACCAGCUCUCGGAACCCCGAUCCCCAGCCAAUGGUGACUACAGAGACACUGGGAUGGUCCUCGUCAACCCCUUCUGCCAAGAAACACUGUUUGUGGGAAAUGAUCAAGUAUCGGAGAUCUAACCGCAGCAGCUCUCGCUUUGCUGUUCCCUACCUUUCGUCUCUAAAUUAUAAAUAUACAAAUAUAUAUUAUAAAUAUAAUCUUUGUGUAACCCUGACUUAAUAAGAAACAUUUUCAGCUUUUUUUUCCUAAGAAUUGUCAACAUCUUUUUUAUAAGUGUGGUUUAAAAAAAAAAAAAA